AGUAGUCUCUGUACCAAAUUUCAUCGCGAUCGGACCAACGGUAUAGAAAUGCAUAGCUGUACAGACACGGAAACCUACAUCAGCGACAUCAGCUGAUUGUCAUGAUGUAAUUAUGUUCUUGCGCACAGUCCAGUUAGCCAGAGGUGCUGGUGUGAAGAAUUGGUUGUUUGUGGUUAAACCGCACGGAUUUCCGCGAGUUUAUAGAUCAAACAGUUCGUAUCACGCUUUUGUUGAAAUGGACAAAGUUACAGCGUUGCGGUAUGAGCCCCUGCCUGAGGAUUCCCCGUACGUGAAGCCCUUCCGGAUGUACUACACGCAAAACGGGGUGGAGAAGAACUGGGACCUGCUGAAGGUGCACGAUUCUGUUGCUAUUAUUAUUUUCAACAAAACAACGCAGAAUCUGCUGCUUGUUAAGCAAUUUAGGCCAGCUGUCUACCAUGGGGUGAUAAGUUCAGCUGAAGGUACUAAUCCGACCACAAUUGACUUGGAAAAGUAUCCACCACAAUUGGGCAUUACAGUGGAGCUGUGUGCGGGGAUUGUGGACAAAACUAAACCUUUAAUUGAGAUUGCCAAAGAAGAAAUUCUCGAGGAAGUUGGCUACGAUGUUCCAGUAGAUAGAAUAGAAACAGUUCUUACUUAUCGAUCUGGCGUUGGGGCUACUGGAGCUCAGCAGACCCUGUACUACUGUGAGGUCACAGAUGCUGAUAAAGUCAAUGCCGGAGGUGGCAUAGAUGGAGAGAUUAUCGAUGUAGUUGAAUUGAAUUUGCCAGAUGCCUGGAAGUUGCUAAAACAGGGAUCUGUGGUCUCAAGUCCACCUAGUUGCCUUCUAGGGAUUCUCUGGUUCCUCACAAACAAAGCCCCAAAAUCGUAAAAAUAAAUUUGGGCUCUAUCCUAGAAAAGAAUUCACGUAAAGAAAAGAUUCUCAGAAUAGUGGAAACAUUUAUUUUGCAACACUAGUCCACAUUCUUUUCGUCAACAGGACAUAACUAUUUUUUUUUAUUAUAUAUUAUGGGAUAUACGUAGAGUUUUAGAAUGAAUUUUGUUUUCUUGAAAAAUAGUCAACACAUUUUUGUUUCUUUAAGAACGCUUCGACGGUCAAAUUGUUGGGUUUUUUUUGUAAAUUUAAAUUAAUUAGAAAUUCUAAAUGAAUUUGUUUUUAUCUAAAAACGAAAUUACAAUAAAUAAUUCAAAAAGA